UGCCUUUCUUAAAUAAAACACAAGUUAGCACGCUUCGUGAAUACAGAAUAGACGGGUUUCAUGUAUUGAUGAGAAUCGAUAAAUAAUUUUGAAUGGAACGCACACAAAGCAGCACUGUCCAGUAAGUAAACAUCAGCUGAGCACCGUUGAGCUGAGACAUUAAUAAAACAUCAUGUUACGUUUGCGCUGUUGCUUGUAGAUAAUAGAGCCACAUUUAUUAUUGUUUUGACAAACGUAAUAACUCUAAUGCAUAUCUUCCACGUUUUAACUAGAAAAAAAUUAAGAGAAAUUGAGAGGAAAUCCCAAACACCGAUGCACGCAGUACCAAAAAGUUAACGACGCGUAGUAAUGUACAAAACUUCCAACGCGGUCAGCUUGUUGUGCUUGGAAGCCGAAAAUAUCUUAAACUAAAUCAUUGCCAAUUUCGCUUGCCUUGGCGCUCGUGGCAGGUUUGUUUGGACCACAGAUAAUACCUUCACAGCUACUAUAUAUGUAUUUAUGGGAAAACGAUGACGGUAUAUACUAGAGGUAGAGAGCUGAUAACGGUAUUAACUACACGCGGAUAAAGUUGCUCGCGGGCAGAUAAAACGGUGCUCUUUCUCUCGCUCCGCGUGCGUGGCCAAGGCCUUCGCUGAAGGUGCAGUAUUUAUCAUCUUCAGGGCGAAUGACGUACUUGGAGAAAAAGAAAUGUAACAUUGCUGUUUUCAAGGAAGCUCUAGGAGGUUCAACUUACAAAUAAAUAGUUUAAAACUAUGCCUAGGCUGAUAGAGCCGGGUAACCAAUAUAAUGUGGACUUUCUUAUAUUCUAGAAGAUCUUCUUGUUCGGAUUACAUAUUAAAAUUUUCGCAGAGUUAAGGAAGAUAUCAUUUUCAGACUCAUUCCCAGUUUUAUUGUUCUGCACUUGUGAUGAUCACUUUUUUGCAGGAAAUAUCAUUAUUUUUAUACACGAGACAACAUUCGUUUCUGAAUUUAUGACGCCAUGAAAUCAUAAAUUAUGCAACUUGAUUAUAUCAUGACGAUUACCAAGAUUAUCAAAAAUAGCAUAAAUAUUUUUAUUUGUCAAACAUCAUAACAUUAAUUAUGGAACCAUGACAAUGAGUCAAAAUAUCAUAAAGCAGCGUCAUGAAAUUUUGGGGUCUGAGUGCCAUAAGUAAUCUCACGCUCCCAAAUUCGUCCUAAUCGAAAACAAGGGAUUCCGUCACCGAUUGGUUCCGUUCUUUUUUGUUUUCAUGCGUGCUCACUUCUAACAAAAAAAGAAACAAAAUAAAUAGCGAUGCAAUCCCUUGUUUUUCGUAGGAUGAAAAUAAGAGCCACAUGCUUAAUAAAGUCAACCAAUACAUCAAAACAAAGGGGUACGAGCUUUCUACUUGAUACACAAACCUGUAAAGCCAUGUUUUUCCAUGCUCAUUUUGAUGGGCGGUGUUUCGUGGUAAGACAACAUAAAGUAUUAUAUGGAUGGGGGAGAAUCGACUGUAUUCUGUGCAACUCGGAUUUUGACGGCUACGCAGUCUUGUUAAAUCAAAACGAGUUGUUAUCUAACCCGACGCACACUGGGGCAGGAUUGAAAAUACACGGAAAAAACCUCUAGCUUGUCGAGAUGUCGAGAUCCACACUUGGUGUCUUCAGAGAAAAUAUUUCUAUAAUCAAGGUCGAUUUUCUGAAGGGUAGCAUAUUUUUCUUACGUUAUUCGAAUAAAAGUCCUAUAAGUCAUUUUGGCCACCUUUCAUUUUAGCGGUAUGGUGUCUUCGGCAAAGUUGUUCGGCUAUUUAUGCUAAAAAAGUUUGCCGAAGACGUCAAAUUUCCAAAGCCUACUGUUCUUGAGAUAUUAGCCGUUUUAUAAAAUACUUACUUAAAAUCGAGUUUUUUCAUGAAAUAACGUUUGUAAACAAAUUAAAUGUCCGUUUUCGAGUUAUAAUAAUUCAAAAAUACCAAAAUAAAACAUAUAUCAAAAAAGUUAGUUGGAAAAAACAAAAUAGUCGUAGAUUUUUUUAUAGAAAGUUCCUGAAAAUCGCGCAAAAUGUAUAUAGGACGUUCUAGCAGUUGGGCAAGUUCGGGCAAGUGUUUUCAUCGGCGAUCAAAUGCAUAAACUUUCAUGUAAUUUUUUUCACCGACAUGAUAUUUGAUGAUUUUUUUAAAAUAGCGUUCAAAGUUUACUGUUUUGUGUGAAUUAGUUCAACAUUUUUGCAGAUAUAUUACCAUGUUGCAUGAUGCCAAGUGAACCAUGAGAAUUAUAAAUGCAAUCUAGUCACAGAUUUAGUUAUUUUUAAGCUUUAAACAAAUUUUAAAACACAAAAAUGUCCUAAACACGCCAUUUAGCCUUGGUUUUAUCAUUAUCUUAUAUAAUCUUAUUUAUUAGAAAUAUUUUUUGUACGUUCAAUGAUAUAAAAACUCACUUUUAUUGGCGUUUCGGACAUUUUUGUGUUUAACAAUUUGUUUGAAGCUUAAAAAUAACUAAACCUAUGACUAGAUUGCAUUUAUACUACUCAUGGUUAACAUGGCAUCAUGCAACAUGGUAAUAUAUCUGCAAAAAUGUUGAACUAAUUCACACAAAACAGUAAACUUUGAACGCUAUUUUAAAAAAAUUAUCAAAUAUCAUGUCGGUGAAAAAAAUUUACAUGUAAGUUUAUGCAUUUUAUAGGUGAUCGCCGAUGAAAACACUUGCCCGAACUUGCCCGACUGCAAGAACGUCCUAUAUACAUUUUGCGCAAGUUUCAGGAAUUUUCUAUAAAAAAUCAAUGCAUAUUUUGUUUUUUCCAACUAAUUUCUUUGAUAUGUUUUAUUUUAGUAUUUUUGAUUAUUAUAACUCGAAAACGGACAUUACAUUUGUUUACAAACGUAAUUUAAUUCAAAAACUCGAUUUUAGGUAGGUAUUUUAUAAAACGACUAAUAUCUCAAGAACAGUAGGCUUUGGAAAUUUGACGUCUUCGGCAAACUUUUUUAGCAUAAAUAGCCGAACAACUUUGCCGAAGACACUAUACCACUAAAAUGAAAGGUGGCCAAAAUGACUUAUAGGACUUUUAUGCGAAUAACGUGAGAAAAAUGUGCUAUCGUUCAGAAUACCGACCUUGUUCAUAGAAAUAUUUUCUCCGAAGACAUCAAGUGUGGAUCUCAACAUCUCGAGGAGCUAGAGGUUUUUUCCAUGUAUUUUCAAUCCUGCCCCAGUGUGCGACGUUCCGACACUUUGGAUGGUGUCUUCUUCAGGGGAAACUUUCCCUAACUUGCGAACGGAUGGUCCAAUUUGGGUCGUCUGAGUUUUGUUAUGUUAGUUUUCACCCAAGGAAGGUUUAUGAGGCAAAAAACAUGGAAAAAUAUGGAGUUUUGGAAAAUCUGGUUUUCAUACAUUUUAAACGGGGACUUAUACUUGGCUAGGGACUUGAAACGUCAAAAAACGCAUUAGGCAAGACAAAGUUUGCCAGCGUCAGCUAGUUCUCUUAUAAUUUAAAACUAAUUGAGGAGGUUAGAAGCAAAGAGGUGUAAGAGACUGAAACCUACUUUCGAGUAAAUGAGGUUUAAAGUUUUUCACCAAUUUUUGAUCCCAUACAAAAUGUAAAGUGUUUCAAAAUCGACCCGAAUUUCGUAAAAAUAAUCCUAAAAAAGUUCCUGGAAGCUUAGAAUCUAAAGAAUUUUUUCAUAUGCUCAACCCAAAAUCGACAAAAUGGUCACUUACACCCCUCUGAUUCCGAGCCCCUCAAUUAUUGUCAUGUCUGUAGUAUUAAGAAUUCAGAACCGUUAAAAAUAACCCAGUUAAGAAACUGCUAUUAAAAGUGCAUUUGUUUUGUUCGAAGAAAAAAAUCAUACACUAUUUUGUGGAUCUAAUGUAUUUGGAAUUAGAAACGGUUACAAUCAGGAAUCAAUAAAAAUAAGUAUGAAAUAGUGAAUGAUUAAUACUAGUCAUGAAUAAUGCUUAUUGUUCGAACCACUGUGAGACCACUGUAUCAAACCCCUCGUUUAAAUGGUAGCACGGUUAGGUAGCACAAUAGGGAGCUGAUGUCAUAGUCAAGUGGACAUUUAUAAUUGGACAUACUGUGGAAUACAAUGAAAAAGACAUACUUAUGGUCGAUUAGUUGAUGGCGUGAUAUAUGAUUUCUAUCUUAAGUGAUUUAUACGUGAAUUAUAAUUAGAGUAUGCGGCAAAUUUGAAGUUAAUUGAAAUGAGUGGAAACUAAACAUUAAACGAUUGAAUUUGUAUGUAGGAAAAGCUUGUUGCGGGGUAAAUGGAUUGAUAUUAACUCGAUUUCGUAGGUUAUAGGAUCCACAUUAUAAAACCUUUAUUUGCACGCCGACUUACAUCGUAUGUGACGAUUUUGUUCACUGUAAUAUCGUUACAGUAGUAAGUUUAUUGUAAGGAUGUUACCAAAAACGUUAUAUUAACUGAACUACUCUAUGAACUAGGUCGAAACAUAAGGGCGCAUAUUCGGAGCAAGAUUGGCUCUGCCAGGGUUGCCAAAUCAUUUGUGGGGAUUAUUUCUCUGAAGGAUUAAACUAAAAUUGUAAGCAAAUAAUAUUAACUAUACGCAAUUAUGUACUAUACAAAUAUAUUUCUUCUAGCUUUGAGCGCGUUACCAACAAACUGCUUCAAAGAGGUUUUUUCCGAUAGUUCCAAUCCGAACAUUUUCUCAAAGAAUUUUAAUUCUUGUUCGGAACCUCACAAGAUGUCUCGGCAAGCACCCUUGGAUGACACCUAUUGCGUGUGCGAACUGUGUCAGAUGUCCCCGUCAAUCGAUCGUGGGAUGGUUGCAUGCGACACGUGCGAGAAAUGGUUCCACUAUUCGUGUGCAAAUGUGGACGACUCUAUCCAAGACCAACCAUGGUGCUGUAAGCUUUGCUUGGCGAUGAGGUCCCAGCGGCAGCGACAGAAGGGAACUAGCACGGUGUCAUCGAGGCGGAAGAAAGCAAAAGAAUUAGAACUCAAGCGCUUGGAUGAGGAGUAUGACGUCAUGGCCUCGUUUCUCGACGAAUCCGACGACGAUGAGGAGGAAAGUGUUCAAGGUUCGAAGGUGAGCAACGUCAGUCGGACCAGACAGUGGAUUGAUAAGCAAAUAGAGGUAAAGGGAGGACCCAAACCCUUCGAGACCUACAAUUUGCAAGCGAUUCCAGAAGCUGGACCUAGUUACGGUGUCUUGCAAGGGGCCAACUUUCCAGUAACUCCAGCAGGUCGUCCUGAUUCUCGAGUUCUAACACGACAUCCGCCAAUUCCACAAGCAGCAGUGGCACACGACAACGGUAGACAACAAGCGCACCUUGUUCCGUCACUACCGGAAUUUCAACCGCAGGAGAGUACCGUUAAUUCGUACGGGCUGGGGAUGGUAUCUAGCCUAGCUCGAUCCCAGGGUCCCUCGAAUGAUCGUGACCACCGAGCGUCGCUGGUCGAACCCCUUGGUGUUCCCAUUCUUCGAAAUGCAGCAGUAUCAAGAGUGGAAAAUCCUUUCAACGCAAAUGUUGGACGAAACGAUCGACAACAACAAUCAGUAUCAGCUCCACCGUCUAUGUUCGGGGAAUUCCCGGUGUGUGGGCCAUCGCCUGCUCAAAUAGCCGCUAGACAGGUAUGGCCGAAAAAGCUCCCGACCUUCUCUGGAGUAAUCGAAGAAUGGCCCAUCUUCAUAAGCUCUUAUGAAAAUUCCAAUGCAGCGUGCGGGUUUUCAGACGUAGAAAACCUAAUCCGGUUACAAGAGAGCCUUAAGGGGCCGGCACUUGAAACUGUUCGAAGUAGAUUGGUGCUCCCGGCGAACGUGCCCAGGGUGGUAGAUACGUUGCGAAGAAUCUAUGGAAAACCGGAAGUGCUGAUUAGGUCGCUGAUUUCGAAGGUACGAGGCAUAGAUCCCCCGAAACAGGACAGAUUGGACACCGUCAUCAAAUUCGGAAUGGCAGUCCAGCAACUAUGUGAUCAUUUGGAGGCUGCGAAUCAACAAGAUCAUCUAAGCAAUCCAGUUCUGCUUCAAGAAAUGGUGGAUAAAUUACCUGCUAACUUCAAGCUAGAGUGGGUUCGUUUUAAGAAGAUCGUGCCACACGUUUCGAUUCGAACCUUCGGAGAUUUCAUGGAGCAGUUGAUGGAGGAGGCGAGUGAAGUCACCUUUGUGAACCCUACGGCGGAGACAUCGGCGAAACAGGAAAGGAGAUCUGCGAAGGAAAAGGGAUUUGUUCACGCGCACAGUGAUGCAGCUGUGGCAUCCAUCGACGAUAAGUUGAGAAAACUCACGAUUCAGGUGUCAGAAGACAAACCAUGUGCGAUAUGUUCCAAAGUCGGUCACCGCGCAAGAAAUUGCGAAGAAUUCAGAAGGCUAACUGUUGGUGAACGCCUGCGUUUGGUUGCUGAUCGAAAUCUGUGUGCCCUGUGUCUCUACGGCCAUGGUGCAAUGCGAUGCCGUAAUAAGCUACAGUGCAACGUUUCUGGAUGCGGAGCGAAGCACCACCCCUUGCUGCAUCGAGUAGAAAAAGGACCAGAAACGAACUGCAUGCUGCACCAUAGACGAUCGAAGUGCUCGGUAAUAUUUCGGGUGAUACCCGUGACCUUGAAGAACGGGACCGAACAGUUUCGAACAUAUGCGUUCUUCGAUGAAGGUUCAUCCCGAACAUUGCUGGAGAAAGGUGUGGCUGCCAAGUUGGGUUUGAAGGGCGCGAUACGGCCACUAAACCUGACAUGGACGUCUGGCGUAACUAGGACUGAGAAAUCAUCGAUGUCGGUAAAGUUGACUAUAUCCGGCAAGGAACAACUUGAAAACUACCCGCUUAAUGAAGUACAUACCGUAGAUCGACUGAAUUUGCCGCAGCAGACAGUCGAGUUCCAUGAACUAGUUGAAAAGUUCACACAUCUACGGGACAUCGAUAUUGAAAACCAGACAAACGCCCAGCCGACCAUCUUAAUCGGGCUGGACAAUAUGGAUCUGAUGGCGCCGAUCGAGUCGAGAAUCGGCAAGGAAGGUGAACCUAUCGGGCUGCGGUGCAAACUCGGAUGGACGAUCUCCGGCCCCACGAGCGCGGUUGAAGCGGACGGUUACUGCGGUGUGCAUCAGUGCGACGUUGCAAUGGAUCAGGUUUUGCGGAAUUACUUUACAAUGGAGGAAGCGGGCGUCAAUUGUCCUUACCGUGUAGAAUCGGACGAAGAUCGUCGGGCACGCCGGAUCUUGGAGCAAACAACCGUUAGGAUUGGUCAAUGUUUCGAAACGGGUUUGCUUUGGCGAACGGAUGAUGUCAGCAUGCCCGACAGCUACCCGAUGGCGUACAGGCGACUCCAGGGCUUGGAAAGACGUUUCGCAAAAGAACCAGGUUUGCAAGACAAGGUUACCGGCGCUAUAGAGGAGUUUGUUACAAAAGGCUACGCGCAUAAGGCAACAUCAAGUGAGGUAGAAGACGUCGAACCUGGUAAAACGUGGUACUUGCCACUGAAUGUAGUAGUGAACCCCAAAAAACCGGGAAAGAUCCGUUUGACGCUAGAUGCAGCAGCGAAAGCAGGUGGUGUCUCCCUAAAUGACGUGCUAAUCAAAGGGCCGGACAUGCUCGCCUCAUUACCAGUGAUUCUCAACCACUUUCGAGCGCGAAGGAUCGGCUUUGGAGGAGACAUAAGAGAAAUGUUCUUGCAAAUUCGAAUGCGUGAGCAGGACAAGCAGUUCCAGCGAUUUUUGUUUCGGCGUAACACGAGCUGUGUCCCGGACGUGUAUAUCAUGGAUGCCGUUAUAUUCGGAGCUAAAUGUUCACCAUGUAAUGCACAUUUUACGAAGGAUACCAACGCGCUAGAACAUGCAAGUCGCUUCCCUGACGCUGCAGACGCCAUAAUCAAACGACAUUACGUCGAUGAUUAUUUUGAUAGCGCAGAUGAUGAAGACGAGGCGAUAGAACGGGCGUUAGCGGUACGCCAUGUCCAUUCUUUGGGAGGAUUUGAGAUCCGGAAUUGGCUGAGUAACUCACCUAAAGUACUAGACGCUCUCGGAGACCAUGAGGGAGUGGCCAAGACACUCUGCUACGACAAGGCUUUGGGAUCUGAACGAGUGCUGGGUCUACUCUGGAGACCCGAUGAAGACGUCUUCUCAUUCAAUAUGGGAUUGAUGGCAAGGUUGAAUCCAUACCUCAUCGACGGAGUCCGACCAACAAAGCGCAUUCUGCUGAAGUGCGUAAUGAGUUUCUUUGAUCCCAUUGGAUUUUUGUCGCCCCUGCUGAUCCACGGGAAAAUUAUCAUUCAAGAGACUUGGAGGAGUAAUACCGAAUGGGAUCAGCCCGUUACUGAUGAGAUCUUCAGAAGAUGGCUAGACUGGACCAAAAUGCUGCCGAGCGUCGAGGCGGUCAAAAUCCCACGCUGUUUUUUCGGAAACGAAUCUAUCGACAACGUCAAUGAUAUACAACUGCAUAUUUUCUCGGACGCAGGAGAUGACGCCUACGGUUGCGUAGCGUACCUUCGGUACACAGUAGGAGCUGAUGUUCGGUGUUCCUUAAUAGGAUCUAAGUCUAAGGUGGCGCCGCUACAGCUAACAUCAACACCUCGACUGGAACUGCAGGCAGCCGUUAUUGGAGCACGAAUGCUGAACACCCUAUGCUCAUCUUUGUGUGUGCCAAUUCGAGAACGCUUUCUGUGGGUUGACUCUAUGACCGUCCUAUCGUGGAUAAGAUCUGACAGCCGGAAGUACAAACCCUACGUAGCACACCGUGUUGCAGAGAUCCUUCAUACAACGAACGUAGCGGACUGGAGGUAUGUCCCGUCUAAGAAAAACGUAGCGGAUGACCUAACAAAAUGGGGCAGCGGAACCACGUUGGACGUAGAGAGCAGGUGGUUUAAAGGUCCAUCGUUUUUGUUCGAUGGAAUGGAGUCAUGGCCAGAACAACCAGGAACCAAACCUCUGGUCCCCGAAGAACUCCGAACUUGUUAUCUGCUACAUCAUAUCGUAUUGCCGGAGCCAAUCAUAGAUGUGAAUCGAAUUUCCAAGUGGACAGUGCUACUCCGUUCGGUGGCUUUGGUUUUCCGGUUUAUCUCCAACUGUAGGCGAAGGGUGAAGAAGUUACCAAUUGAAGCGAUUGGUAGAGCUGAGGGAAGGCCUUCGACGAUUGCAGCAGUGUGGGUGGCGAUUCAACAGGAAGAACUGGAUAAAGCUCAACGUGUUCUGUGGCGCAUGGCUCAAUCGGAUUCGUUUGCGGACGAAAUAAAAGUACUGUUAAAGAACAAAGAACUUCCACCGGGUGAAUGGUUCCGCAUUGAAAGGUCUAGUCGUUUGUGCAAAACUUCACCAUUCAUAGACCAGGAUGGAGUAGUGAGAAUGGAAGGUAGAACGGCGGCGGCUGAGUUCGCUGCAAUCGGCACGCGGUUUCCAGUGAUAUUGCCAAGAGAACACCCGAUCACGAAAAAGAUAGUUGAAGAUUUCCAUGUGCGGUACGGCCAUGCCUCAAAAGAGACUAUGGUAAAUGAAGUGCGUCAAAUGUAUUUCAUCCCGAAAUUGCGAGCAAUGGUAGGAAAGGUGAUCAAUGGCUGCUUGGUUUGCAGGCUGCGCAAAAGUAAACCUGUUAUGCCGAGGAUGGCACCACUACCGGUUCAACGAAUGCAGCCUUUCAUCAAAGCCUUCAGCUACGUGGGCUUAGAUUACUUUGGGCCAAUCGAUGUGAGUGUCGGCAGGCGAACUGAAAAGCGCUACGUGGCACUCUUCACAUGCCUAGUAGUCAGAGCCGUGCACUGUGAAGUCGCGUUCAGUCUCAGCACUGAAUCAUGUAAACUGGCCAUUAGACGUUUCAUUCGACGGCGCGGCUCCCCCGUGGAAAUAUUAAGUGACAAUGGCACCAAUUUCAAGGGGGCCAGCCGAGAACUAAUAGAAGAGCUGAAGAAGAUUGAUCUGGACUGCGCUGAUACGUUCACGGAUGCAAAGACGAAAUGGACCUUCAAUCCCCCAUCCGCUCCCCACAUGGGCGGUGUGUGGGAGCGAAUGGUAAGGUCUGUAAAAGAAGCGAUGGCGGUGCUGAACGAUGGCCGGAAACUGAACGACGAGAUUCUGAUGACAACUUUAACUGAAGCCGAAUACCUGAUUAACUCGCGACCGUUGUUAUACGCUGGUACGGAGGACACGGAGCUAGAUGCUAUCACACCUAACCAUUUCCUGUGCGGGAGCUCUUCGGGGCGACAUGAACCAUUUCGGACACCGAUUUCGCUAGCCGAAGAAUUGAAGAGCAGCUACAAGCGAUCACAAGCCUUGGCGAAGGAGCUUUGGAACCGAUGGUGCAAAGAAUACUUUCCAACGUUAAACCAACGAAGUAAAUGGUACGAAGAGAGUCGUACAUUGGAGGUUGGAGACUUGGUUCUUGUGAUGGACACUAAGGACGGCACUGGAGUACGUGGCGUUGUACAAGAGGUUUUUGCUGGAUUGGACGGUCGUGUACGACAAGCCAUGGUUCGGACCAACACAGGCUGCUUCCGGCGACCAGUAUCAAAAUUGGCGGUUCUUGAAAUAGAUGAUAAACCUGGUGAGGUAUCCGGGGAAGGACAGGACCAGGGUUUAUGGGCUGGGGAGUGUUCGAACCACUGUGAGACCACUGUAUCAAACCCCUCGUUUAAAUGGUAGCACGGUUAGGUAGCACAAUAGGGAGCUGAUGUCAUAGUCAAGUGGACAUUUAUAAUUGGACAUACUGUGGAAUACAAUGAAAAAGACAUACUUAUGGUCGAUUAGUUGAUGGCGUGAUAUAUGAUUUCUAUCUUAAGUGAUUUAUACGUGAAUUAUAAUUAGAGUAUGCGGCAAAUUUGAAGUUAAUUGAAAUGAGUGGAAACUAAACAUUAAACGAUUGAAUUUGUAUGUAGGAAAAGCUUGUUGCGGGGUAAAUGGAUUGAUAUUAACUCGAUUUCGUAGGUUAUAGGAUCCACAUUAUAAAACCUUUAUUUGCACGCCGACUUACAUCGUAUGUGACGAUUUUGUUCACUGUAAUAUCGUUACAGUAGUAAGUUUAUUGUAAGGAUGUUACCAAAAACGUUAUAUUAACUGAACUACUCUAUGAACUAGGUCGAAACAUAAGGGCGCAUAUUCGGAGCAAGAUUGGCUCUGCCAGGGUUGCCAAAUCAUUUGUGGGGAUUAUUUCUCUGAAGGAUUAAACUAAAAUUGUAAGCAAAUAAUAUUAACUAUACGCAAUUAUGUACUAUACAAAUAUAUUUCUUCUAGCUUUGAGCGCGUUACCAACAAACUGCUUCAAAGAGGUUUUUUCCGAUAGUUCCAAUCCGAACACUUAUGAUUUCAUGUAUUUUGGUCAUAAUUCUGGAGUGCCCAAUUCAAGGUGUCAGGCGACCCGUGCUGUUGGAUGAACGGUUGAGGGGUUUCAAAGAUGCUCGAUCUUUAACGGAGCCCGUAUCGUAGGUAGAUCGCUUUUUUGGGUUGCGUUACGGUCAAAAUAUCUACCAAACCGAACCCUAGUCCUAACUGCUUCGUAGCUGCCAGCUUAGAAUAGCACUAUGGACCCCCUGUUCCGGGGGUAAAAGUCCACCAAACAGGGAACCCCAAUGUUUCAGAGAUGUUCGAUCGUUAACGGAGACCGUAAAGUGGGUAGAUCACCUUUUCGUGUUUGCGUUACGGAGUAAAAUCUACCGAAACCUAGUACGUACUAUUUUUACUAACAUAGUAUUUAGUCCUUGUUACUGGUAUCGUGGGGGCUUACGGUCUCUGAAUAAAACUAAGUUAACCAACUUUACUUUACAGAUAGUUAAAAAUCUCGUCGUUCGAGACUAAACUUGAUGCAAAGCAAAUCGAGUUAGGGAUCCAUGUAUGUACUAUCUCUUCAAAGACUGGUAAGUGCUGGUAUGCAAGGAACAUACUAGAAUCCAUAUUACUGAAGAUAUGUUCCAUUAUUGGAAUGGUAUUGCUGCUAAUGUUAAAACUCGGGUUCUAAACUUCUUACUGGGGAGAAUUUAGCAGUGAAACAAGGGUGAUGCUAGGUUUCCGAUGCAUGGCCAAUAGGCUCCUAAAGCCCUAUCGGGAUUCUUGUUUUAAACCACAAUAUAUGGUUCCAGAGUACAUAUUUACUCAUUUUUUGACGUUUUUAUUAACCGUAGUUGAAAAUAUAUAAUUUUUAUUUGUUUAGCCUUUUGUCUCGUCCCUAGCUUAUAACACAUACUUUGAGUGAUUUUUUUCACCGUGUAUGUCAGAUAGGAACAUUUUUGAAAUCCCAGUGCGAAAAAUGUCGAGCUCAGUCACACAAGGUUGACCUCAAAUGUCAAAGUAGAACUAUUUACCGUUUUACUUAUUUCAAAUUUUCUCAUUAUUCCUUUGUUUUUCAAGUUCGAGUAAAGUACAAUUCCAAUUAGAACACCAUGCUUGAUCGUAUUAUUCAAUAUAAUUGAGAUUUCGUCUUUAAUUUUAGGACCCUAUUAUCAGUACUCUUGUUUUGAUUUCUAUAUUGCUCCUGAAGCACAUAAGAAAACAAAACAAAAAAAUGAGCAUGAGCAUGAGCAUGAGAUGACCGUACAAUUCGUAGUUGCUACUCCGUUACUGACCAGAACAGUCAACAUUGCACAGGGAACCAAAUGGAUGGGGCCUGGGUGUAGCUUUCCUCAAAAGAAAACAAAACAAAAAAAUGUAUCAAAAUCGAUACUUUAUUGCCCUUCAAUGGCAAUUGAGUAAUGCGACAUGUACUACACUAAGGAUACGGGUAAUGUCACAAUAGAUCUAAAAACCGGUCGCAUUGACAGACUCGAACAGGAAUAAAACUGCUUCCAACUAGUGGAACAGCAUAUCUUAGUAAUCAAAGGAAAUAACUUUGGUCCUUUUUACAUUUCACACUUUGUUUAAAGUGAUAUGCCUCGGUUUUGGUGUAGCCGAGAUGGAUCAUGAAACAAGAAAAAAUGGGUUAGUAUUCCAAACCUUUUAUUUGGUGUUGACUGAUUUUAAGCAGUAAGAAUUAGGGUUCCGAUGCAUCGUCAAUAUCCAAAGAUUGACUUCACUUUUUCGUUAAGGGAUCGGUUUUUACUGAAAAGGGAGCGUGUUAAAAGCGGAACCUAUCAAUCAGAAUCCUUGCUUCCGAUUAAGUUAAAAAUGACAACUAUUCUAUAGAAUAGUAUCGAAAAGCAUCCUGGAAAUAUCAAAAUUUCUUUUGAUAUUUUCUUGUCAGUAUUAAUAUUUGCAGCAUAUCACGUCAAUGACCUUGUCCAAUACGAUAAAUGCGAUGGAUAUGUGCAUAUUACAUGCGGCGAUGUUAACGACUUGAUUGCCAAUACCUCUUGUUUGUACUAGAGGCUAUUACCGUUUUAUCACACCUGUCCAGUAGACGAUCAAACUCCGCUAUCCUCAAAAGUAGUUAGAACGGCAAAACCGGCUGAAGCAGUUAGAAGAUGUUGAAAAGUUGGAGCUCGAGGAACCUGAAGCCCAGCUUUUGACAGAGCUGGAAAACUACAGUGGUAAAAGUACAGUAAACUACGGGAUCGUUCGAGAAAACACUAGUGAGUGGAUUGGAACAACCAGAAAGACAGCGCCAGCGGGUCAAGAAGCAAACCCUGUCUGCUGUUUUUGUAUCCAAUCCAGUUCUUGAAGAUGAUCACCCCCGUGAUCAAGGAAGAUUCCAGCUUCGAAUGAGAGAUUGUGCACUCCAGAGCGGGUAAAUCGGCUGAAGUAUCAGAUCGCGAAGAAAACCUUCCCUAUUUUGCUCAAUAACUCAAAAAUGAGUGGAGAUAUCGCAAUUCUGAGCACAAUUUUGGCCAUUGAGGGUCCUAAAAUCAUCGGUUUCAGUACCGUAGAAUCGGUAGAAUCGGGUAUUUUUUGGUCGGAAAAAAAUCAAUGUUUUUUUAAGAACCAUACGAUUUUUUUAGAACUUUAGACUUUUUGAGGAACCACUUGAGAUACGGACUUCAAAUUUUGACAAGAUCAUUUUUAGCUAAAAGAUUAUUUUCCAAUAACAAACUUAUGAAAUUCCUUAAAAACUGCGCUGUUUUAACAGUGUCUGCACGUGUCUGUUUCCUCAUGGCGGUUCGAUGAAUGGUGGCUCCAAAGAGGAAACUGGCAUAUUUUUUUGAUAGAACAAAUCUGUCUCUGUGCUCCACUAUUGCAAAUUGAAAAAUGGUAUGCGCGCCGUAUCCUUGCAGCGAAGCUAGAGCAGACAGAACCGGGACGCAUAUGGUACUUGCCACUAAAGGUAGUACGUAAUCCAUGGAAUGUAGAUUUUGUACUUUCGUUUGAAUUCUGCUGAGUGAGGUAAUCGAACAAAUGUGUACAAUCAAACAAUGUUAUACAUGAAAUCCGGAAUCGAACACUCAAAGAGUGCUUUGACAUUAUUUGGAGGUCAACCGAAGAUUUAUUCAGUUCCAACAUAAGGAAAGCAUCCUCACAUGAGAGAAUUGUAAUGCGAAUAGUUUGUUCGGGAAAAACGGCUAUGGAAUCUAUUACAGAUCAUCCACGGCAUCCCAGCGGAGAAGUGAUCGAAGCUGAAUCAAUCGUGAACUCCAGGCCAUUCACAUACGGCCAGAUACGGGGCUACUCACAAACACAAACGGAACAGAGCAUCAACCAACCAAGUCCAGAUAUAUUGGUUGAGUACAUGACUCUGACAGACCUUUAAAAGUUCUUGCAAUAUCUGGUUGAUAUAUUCUGGCAGGGCUGGGUACGUGAACACCUAUCUACCAUAGCAAGACCUACACAAUCGUUUCGGACAGAUAAGCCAAUGAAACCAGCUGGUUUGGUGAUGGUAGUCGAUAAAGAGAAGCGGAAUGGAUGUCGUGUAGCAAAAUUGUUGAUGUGAUGCCAGGCAAGGACGAUCAAGUAUGCAAAGCUAUUGUUGAGACUAAGAAGGGACUGCGAAAUUUCCACAUUCCUAGCUCGAUGAAGGAGUUCACGGUUUCUAUUUCAGCAAUACGAUCAACAGCAACCGUUGGGUGGAAUAAGGAUCCGGUUCAUGAUCUUGUUUUAUUGGAUUUGUAGUUCUUUCGGUGGUCUCAGGCACUAGUUCGCCAUGAUGAAUGCCGAAGAGCAGGCAAGUUAUGAUGAUUGUUGUGUACAUAUAGAAGGAGUAUGAAUUUCUUAAGUAAGCGAGUACACCGAUCCAAAUUUAUAGAAUAAGUUGGGGAAAAAGUUCAGUUUGAACUGUUCGUGCUGAAAAGUUCGAAAAAGUUCGUUUUGAACUGUUCGUGCUAAUAUUAAAAUGUUUUUUUUUUUGGGGUUGGGUUGUUCGAAACUCUUUCGAAUAAGAAUUUUUCGCUCAUAAUGUUAUAACAAUUCAAAUGCUCCAAAAUGAUGGUAUAAGUUCCAAAAAUAUAAUCUACGCUCAGGUCCGGAUUUACUAAUAUCGGGCCUGAGGCCACAUUGUUGUAUGAGCCCCUUUUUUACUUAUGUUCAUUUCCCCUUGACUUAUAUAGAAUGAUAAAAAAAAUUUAAAAAAAUCGUCAUCCACGUAAAAAAGUAUCGAUGCCUUUGUGGAAGAAUUUCAGCCUAUGCCAAUCAGCGUAGCUAGGACAGUUUUGGUGCCAUGCAUAACAAUCUGUACUGGAAUUCAGAAGACAAAGAAAAUAUAUGAAAUUGAAACAAAUUUCAACAAGUGCGCUCAUUACAUUUAAAUUGAAACCCAUAAGUUAUGUCAGAAUUUAUGCCAGAGUCCAGCGAACUUCCAAGUCGAAUUUUACUAGAUUCCUUGAGAAAUCCAGCCAGAAAAGUUUUUGACAAAACUCUUAAACCAUAUCCCGAUGUAAGUUCAUAAUGGAAAUUUUGAAAUAUGAAUAGUAAAAAAUGGGAGAACUCUCUUUCUUACAAUGAAACAUAUUGCCCAUUUUACUGGCAUUUUACCAGAUUUGCUGGUAUGUCUGAAACAUACCGGAAAAACUUGUAAUUAGAAGGCACGAAAUGUUGCUAAUUGACAAAUUGAGAGAUGAAAUUUGUGAAAAAAAAUCGCGUUCUGGUGGGAUUCGAACCCACGACUCCGUAUUCGCUAGACCGGCGCUUUAACCAACUAAGCCACAGAACAAGUAAUGAUUCUGCGGAAUAGAAAGACAAAUGGAUUUCGAAGCCGCAUCGUGAACACUCCUAUUUCACAAACUCAUCUCUCUUUCGGCCGAAACGCCACAAAUUUCAUCUCUCAAUUUGUCAAUUAGCAACAUUUCGUGCCUUCUAAUUACAAGUUUUUCCAGAGCUUUCUUUACUUAUUUUUGCAAAACGUUUUUUAUCUUUACAUAUUAACGAGAUUUUUAGCCCUGGGCCUCGGGACCUACACUUUACUACCCUUCCGAAGGAAGAACUCACGCUUUGUGAGUUUGUCGGAAGUGGAAUUUGAUCCCAGGUCCUCGGCGUGAUAGUUACGUGCUAUAACAAUCAUACCAGGUCCGCUCCUCGCAAAACGUUUUAUAUUUCUUCAUUUCUUUAAGAUUUGCAACUAUUUCUCCGGGAAAUGAAUUUAAUGAUUGCACCAUAAUCUCUGCCGUAUUUAACAUCCUUAAAUCCGUACAAAAGUCUCUUAUUGUUAUUUCUCCUAAGAAAUUAGGAUCGUAAACAUUAAACUAAAAGAUAAAUUUUGCUCCAUAUAUUUUCUUCUUUUUUUCAUUUUUUUAAUCGCAAAGAAAAAAAAAACUUCCCGGUAUAUAUUUGUUUUCGUCGCUGUAGUUUUUUGUAAGAAGAUAUAAUGUUCAACUAAGGUUGAACUAUUACUCCAUCUUACUCAAUCUUCUAGCAAGAAAGUUUUACUACUUCUGAUUUUUUAAACCAGUUUACAAACGACACCACGGCAAUGUCAAAACAAAACAGCAAAUAUACAAACAAACACAUUUCUGAUAAAUAACCUAGUGUUUGUUAUCAAUUGAGCACGGCUGAUAUGGUUGAAAUUUGUUAUCGUACAUAUUUUCUAUUUAUUUAUUUUUUUAAUUUUAUUCAUAUCGAUUUCUGGACCAUUCGUCUGGAUCCGAAAGAGUAACAAAGCCAUAUAAUAAAUGAAGUGAUCGAAGCUCUAGAAUGCAAUUCCAAAACAUCAUCUACCAUUGAGAUAGACCAUCAACAUCAAUCAAUUCCUUGAGAAAUCUUCAGCACUUUUUUGUGUGGCAAAAUAACCACUCAUGUAGUAUAAAAUUUCAAAACAUGAUCACCGAUCAUUGGAGUAUAAAAUUGUGGUCCGAAUCUCCAAAUCGCCAACCGUGUGAGGUUCGACGGUUGAGUCAUCACUGUUGAGAAAGCUUGGAGUUUUUCAUUUUCACUUUUAUUUUCGGUGCACUAUCUACGCGUCGUUGCGCAUCGCGAUCGGGUCGAAUUUUCCUCCCAUUUCAAUGGAUGAUGUGGUCUCAAUUUUUGUACACUUUUAUAACGCUUUCGUGGCGGUGCCUUGGCUUCUGUGUCUAAGGCUUCAUUGAACCGAAGGUUUCACUAUCAAAAGAGAGUUGUAUGAAUGCCCCGCUCUAACAAUCAUUGUAAAUUUCUGGAUUCUCAAUCUUCACAAAACACUUUCAAGCUUCUACACAACCGAAUCAUAUCCGC